GCGAGCGAGGCGGAGUCUGUGUUUCGGUCAGGCUGCGGCUUGCGGCUGUAGGGCUGUAGUUCAGAGGAGGGAGGCCGAGGCCUGGGCCCAGCCCGGAGCCGCUGCCCGACCGGAGCCUCCUGGAGCCCCCGCGCCGGCUGAUCUUAGGGGCGGGCUCGGGUUCGGCCCGCCGCCGCACGCAGGACCGAGGCUGCAUGCCGGAGGACCAGGCCCACGCAGCCAUGGAGGAAGCAUCUCCCUAUUCCUUACUUGACAUCUGCUUGAGUUUCCUGACCACUAACCUUGAGAAGUUCUGUUCAGCACGACAAGAUGGAACAUUGUGUCUUCAGGAACCUGGAGUAUUUCCACAGGAGGUGGCUGAUCGACUGCUUCAGACCAUGGCAGUUCAUGGUCUGCUGAAUGAUGGAACUGUGGGAAUUUUCAGGGGUAACCAGAUGCGGCUAAAGCGCGCUUGCAUUCGAAAAGCAAAGAUUUCUGCUGUUGCUUUCCGGAAAGCCUUCUGCCACCAUAAGUUAGUAGAACUUGAUGCCACGGGUGUGAAUGCCGACAUCACUAUCACAGACAUCAUAAGUGGCCUUGGCAGUAACAAGUGGAUCCAGCAAAAUCUUCAGUGCUUAGUACUCAACUCGUUAACUCUGUCCCUCGAGGACCCUUAUGAGCGGUGUUUCAGCCGGCUUUCUGGUCUUCGAGCUCUGAGCAUCACUAAUGUGCUCUUUUACAAUGAAGACCUGGCUGAAGUGGCUUCAUUGCCUAGACUGGAGAGCCUGGACAUCUCUAACACCUCAGUCACAGAUAUCACUGCCCUGCUGGCCUGCAAAGACCGGCUCAAGUCUCUCACCAUGCACCAUUUGAAAUGUUUAAAAAUGACUACUACCCAGAUCCUGGAUGUUGUUCGGGAACUAAAACAUCUGAAUCAUCUUGACAUCUCAGAUGAUAAGCAGUUUACAUCAGACAUAGCCCUUCGAUUAUUAGAGCAAAAGGACAUCUUGCCCAAUCUUGUCUCCCUGGAUGUUUCAGGGAGAAAGCAUGUGACAGAUAAAGCUGUUGAAGCCUUUAUACAGCAGCGGCCCAGCAUGCAGUUUGUAGGUUUGCUGGCCACAGAUGCUGGUUAUUCCGAAUUCCUUACGGGCAAAGGACACUUGAAGGUGUCUGGAGAAGCCAAUGAAACUCAAAUUGCAGAAGCGUUAAGGCGGUACAGCGAAAGGGCAUUUUUUGUCCGGGAAGCUUUGUUUCAUCUUUUUAGCCUGACUCAUGUGAUGGAAAAAACAAAGCCAGAAAUCUUAAAGCUUGUGGUUACUGGUAUGAGGAACCAUCCUAUGAAUUUGCCUGUGCAACUGGCUGCUAGUGCCUGUGUGUUUAACCUAACGAAGCAGGACCUUGCUUUAGGCAUGCCUGUCCGGCUCCUUGCUGAUGUGACCCAUUUGCUGCUCAAGGCCAUGGAACAUUUUCCUAAUCACCAGCAGUUACAGAAGAAUUGCCUCCUCUCACUUUGCAGUGACCGGAUUCUUCAAGAUGUUCCAUUUAACAGGUUUGAAGCAGCCAAGCUUGUCAUGCAGUGGCUUUGCAACCACGAAGACCAAAACAUGCAAAGAAUGGCAGUUGCUAUCAUUUCCAUCCUGGCUGCCAAGCUUUCUACAGAACAAACUGCACAGCUGGGUGCUGAGCUCUUCAUAGUCCGGCAACUUCUUCAAAUAGUGAAGCAGAAAACUAAUCAAAAUUCAGUGGACACUACAUUGAAAUUUACUUUGAGUGCCCUUUGGAACCUCACAGAUGAAUCCCCAACAACAUGCAGACAUUUCAUUGAAAAUCAAGGGCUGGAACUCUUCAUGAGAGUUCUAGAGUCUUUCCCAACCGAGUCAUCCAUUCAACAAAAAGUUCUAGGACUUUUGGUAAGAUUCUUUUGGUUAGUAUCCUUUAAUCCAUUUUUCCCACUACUUGGCUGUUUUACGACACCAGGAGUCCAGCUGUGGGCAGUUUGGGCCAUGCAACACGUUUGCAGCAAGAAUCCUUCAAGAUACUGCAGCAUGCUGAUUGAAGAAGGAGGACUACAGCAUUUGUACAACAUCAAAGAACAUGAACAGACAGACCCCUACGUCCAGCAGAUUGCUGUAGCCAUUCUGGACAGUUUAGAAAAACACAUUGUGCGCCAUGGGAGGCCCCCUCCCUGUAAAAAGCAGCCCCAGGCCCGACUAAAUUGAUAGCCAUAGAUAGUUGGAUAAUGAACAACAGGAAUCAUUUUUGUGGUUGGUUCAUUUGGAAUAAUAUGCUCUCUGGUGUUGGGGUGUGUGGUGUGUGUGUGUGUGUGUGUGUGUGUGUGUGUGUGUGUGUGUGUGUGUGUAAGAGUCCUGUGAUCCAUUUGGGAUUGGUAAUGUACAGUACUGCCCAUGUGAACAGUCUGAUUUGUCUUGUGAUUUUUAACUUAUGAAGCAAGAAAGGUCUUCCUUCAUUAUUGUCUUUUAGGAAAUCUUUCAGUGUUUGAACUUAACCUGUGCUUGAGAUGCUACAGUUUUAUGAUAAAUUGCACGAACCCUUAUGCCAGACUUGUCUAGAGUCCCUUCCAGGUCAUUUGCAGCCAGGUCAUUUGCAGCGUGAGCAGGGCUGCUGAUGUGACAUCGGCUCUGCUUCGGUUGUAAGUUUUAUACUACUUCUGUAAAAAUGCCCUCAUUCUCUGUGUAUCUCUCACAAGAUGCGCUUCUUUGUGUGAGUGGAAAUCCACUGUGUCUCUGGAAGCUCUUGGCUGUUUGGAGCCUGGAUAGCAGUCAAAGAAAUACAAAAGAAAAGCCUUGGACGAAGAACGGAGUUGAAAGGACUUAGACACUGCUUUUAUGGCGUAGCUCUGAGAGUGGGACAGGUUCUCCUUGUCUCCCUCUGCCGAGGCCGGGAGCAGGAGCUGUUCUCCAUGCCGAACGCUGGAAGCAGGGACUGUUUCUGCAGGUUACUCUAGAGAUACUCCCCAGUUACCACAGUAUCCUGUGUCAAAGCCUCUCUGAGACACUGUCUGUCAUGUUGUAAAAGAGUGCAGUUUUUUAAAUGUCGUUGGUUAAAACUGGCCGUUUUUACCCCUUCUUUCCCAAAGUCAGUCUUACUCAGUGGAGUAGAGACUACUCACAAGAGUUAAUUUGCUUAGUUAAAAUACAAAUUGACAACAGAAAAUUUGCUAUGAAAAUUUAACCUUGAGCUGGGCUGUGGCUCAGUGGUAGAGAGUGUUCUUAGCAUGUAUGGAUUCAAUACCCAGCACUACACACAAAAAUGUUAAUUUUUCUUAUGAUAACAUGCAGAUAUCUGUCAGCAUAAAUGGCUCAUUCCUGUACUCUUAUCACUCAGGAGACGAGGCAGGAGGGGUGCCGUGAGUCUGAGGCCAACCUAUGUUAGAGUGACCUUUAGUAUAUCUUCAUUAUGUGUUCAUGUUAGAAAAGGAUGUCCACAUCCCACGUCCAAACAUGCAAGAGAAGAAUAGGCUGCUGCUAAAUGAUUAAAUAUGUAGCUGACCAGGUAAAAGGAAA